AUGGCGAGCGAGCUGAUCAAUCGGAGACACGAGGCGGACCAACCCGUCGCCGAUGCUUACUACCCGAAACCUAUCAAAUCGUGGUUCUUAGUGACCCGUCCGAUGCGUUACAUGCUCCGAGAGCAGAGGCUUCUCUUUGUUCUCGUCGGCAUUGCAAUCGCGACGUUGGUUUUCACACUUUUCCCUCGUUCCACCCAAUCCGUGGACUACUCGGAUCCGUUCUCCGGUUACGGAAUCAGGACCGACGAACCGUACCUCCCGGCGGUGCAGGCUCAGAGGAAGCCUAGCCUCGAGUACCUGAACCGGAUCGGAGCAACAGGCGGGAAAAUCCCACUCGGAUUGAAACGCAAAGGGCUAAGAGUCGUGGUGACCGGUGGAGCCGGGUUCGUGGGAUCGCAUCUGGUGGAUCGGCUGAUGGAAAGAGGAGACACCGUGAUCGUCGUCGACAAUUUCUUCACGGGUCGGAAGGAGAACGUGAUGCACCAUUUCGGCAACCCUAAUUUCGAGCUCAUCCGUCACGAUGUCGUCGAGCCGAUCCUCCUUGAGGUUGAUCAGAUCUAUCAUUUGGCAUGCCCUGCCUCCCCUGUCCACUACAAAUUCAAUCCCGUCAAGACUAUCAUAUCCUUUCCAUUUUCAAUUUUCUCGAUUUCAAUUUUCCAUGGAAUUGUUGCUGCUUGUUCGUUCCUUGACUCGAAUGAAGGGUAUACAAGACGAAUGUGGUAG